AUGUCUGACCGUCAUUGGCUCGACAUCACCACCUACUCAGACCACAUUGGGUUUACGAUUUCCACCAUCGCCAAUUUCGUUCUGAUCCUUCUGCUAGUCUUCCGACCGACCAAAUCAUACGGUUCAUACAAGUACCUGAUGAUCACAUUCUGCGUGUUCAGCCUCUUUUACACCUCCAUUGAAACUUUUUUGAGACCUCUCAUCCAUAUCUACGACAAUACGAUCUUCGUGAUUCAGCGCAAGAGAUUCCAGUACUCCGAGGGUACCGCUAGAGCCAUUUCAUCGACCUACUGCGGCUGCUACGCCAUGAGCUUCACCCUGUUCGCCGUCCACUUUGUCUACCGUUACUAUGCGGCUUGCAAACCCGACAACCUCCGUUACUUCCAAGGAUGCUACUUUGUCGCAUGGGUAUUCGGAGCAAUGGCGGUGGCGGCGAGCUGGGGGUUCGCAGCGUUUAUUCUGUACCCGGAGACCGAGAGGACCAGGACGGCGUUGAUACACGUCAUACAAACAUCCUAUGAGCUGGAUCCCGAGUGGGUGGGAAAUGUUCCAUAUAGCUAUUGGCGCACAGAAAACGGAGUGGAAUACCUGAAUCCUCGCAACGUCAUCGGGAUCUUUCAACACGGCGUCAUCAUGAUCCUCUCCUUCGGAACAGUCUUCUACUGCGGAUUCAACACUUAUAAGACUUUGAACGGAAGUCUGGGGGUGUCUGAAAAAACAAAAGAAAUGCACACCCAAUUGUUCAAGGCCUUGGUUCUACAGACUAUCAUCCCUACUACACUAAUGUACAUCCCGACAACCAUGCUCUUUGUCACCCCAUUCGUUGGACUCAACAUCGGCUGUUACGGCAACAUCACUACUGCCACCGUCCAUUUGUAUCCUGGAAUUGACCCAGUCGUUUUGAUCUUUAUAAUCCGAGACUUCCGGCAAACGAUUUUAAGACCAUUCAGAUGCUUCUACCGUUCAAAUAGUGUCGAAAACACUGCCACCAUAAGGCAAUACCAGCAGAGCAGCUCCAAAGGAUAA